CCCGGUUAAAGACCUGGGGCCGCGGCCGCCGCCGGUCCAUGACAGGUGCUGCGCCGCGGGGCCGCGUCCUCGGGGAUCGGGACGGACUCAGACGCGGCCGGCUUGUGGGAGCCCCGGCACCCCGGCGGAGUAGACGCCAUGGCCCCUCCGCAGGGCUCUCGGGCCCCGCAGGAGUUCGGGGGACCCCUGGGCGUCGCGCUGAUGACGCUGCUGCUCCCGGCGACCAUGGUCCACCUGGUCCUGGUGGCCGGCUCCGAACCCGCGCGCCUGCUCGCCCCGCCGCCCGCCCUGCCCGGGCUGCAGGAGCUCUGGAGCCCCGGCGCGCUCCUGCUGUGCCUUUCCUGGCUCGGCCUGCAGGCGGCCUUCUACCUGCUGCCCGCGCGCAAGGUGGCCGAGGGGCUGGAAUUGAAGGACAAGCGUCGCCUCCGUUAUCCUAUUAACGGCUUCCAGGCCCUGGUGCUGACAGCCCUGCUGGUGGGUUCGGGGGUGUUGUUGGGGCUGCCGCUGGGCGCCCUGGCGGAGAUGCUCCUGCCCUUGGCAUCUGCUGCCACCCUCAUCGCCGUCAUCUUCAGCGUCCUCCUCUAUCUAAAGGCUCUGGCUGCUCCUGUCGAAGACCUAGCACCCGUGGGGAGCUCGGGCAAUCCCAUUUACGACUUUUUCAUGGGACGGGAGCUCAACCCACGCAUCGGUUCCUUUGACUUCAAAUAUUUCUGUGAGCUGCGUCCUGGCCUCAUCGGUUGGGCACUCGUUAACCUGGCACUGCUGGUAAAGGAAGCCCAGCUCCGGGGCAGCCCCUCUCUCGCCAUGUGCCUGGUCAACGCCUUCCAGCUCCUCUACAUCGGCGAUGCCCUCUGGUGCGAGGAAAUGGUCCUUAGCACCAUGGACAUCACCCACGACGGUUUUGGCUUCAUGCUGGCAUUCGGGGACCUGGCCUGGGUGCCCUUCACCUACAGCCUUCAGGCCCAGUUCCUGCUGCACCACCCGCAGCCUCUAGAGCUGCCCCGGGCCUUGAUCAUCUGCCUCACCAAGGCUGUUGGCUACUACAUCUUCCGGGCAUCCAAUUCCCAGAAAAGCAUCUUCCGAAAGAAUCCCUCUGACCCCAGGGUGGCAGAUCUGGAGACCAUCCCCACAGCUACAGGGAAGAAGCUACUGGUGGCGGGGUGGUGGGGUCUGGUCCGCCACCCCAAUUACCUCGGGGACCUCAUUAUGUCUCUGUCUUGGUCCUUACCCUGCGGGGUCUCCCACCUGGUGCCCUACUUCUACAUCCUCUACAUGACGGUGCUGCUGGUCCACCGGGAGGCCCGUGAUGAGAGGAACUGCCGACAGAAGUAUGGCAAGGCCUGGCACCAAUACUGCCAAAGGGUGCCCUACAGAAUUGUACCUUUUAUUUACUGAGGCAGCGCCUGCCCCAGGAGGGGCACGAGCAUACUUCAGACCCUCAUCCUGAGAUUCUUGAGGGGGGGGGGCUACCUGACUUGAGCCCCUAGGGACACAUCAAAGAAGGAACACAUCAGCCUCAGCGAGGCUUGGCACCAGGAGAAAAAAAGUGCAGCGCACCAGAUAGGCUCUCUCGGUGGAUAAACAUCUAGAACCUUC